AUGCAAAUUAAAAUCAAAAUGUACAUGGACUAAUUGGUGUUCAUCUACUAGUAAUACAUGUGCUACUUAUAAAAAUACUUAUUACUCAAUAUGUACCAAUUAUAAAGUAAAUGGUAUUCUGUGCUUGUUAAAAAUCUAAUUCAACAAUCAGAGCUUAAGUUUAUGAAGAUUAGCCAGCAACAAUUACUUCUUAUGCUUAAAGUUAAAACUUUGCUGAUAUUUGUACUACGACUAGAGCUGCUUGCAUAGCUAUUUCAACAUUUUCAUUAUAAUAGACACAAACUAUUUUAUAGCUGCUUCAACAAUUAAAGAUGGAGUAGGUAGAUACGGUUGGGAUACUACUACAAGUAAAGCAGAGCUAGAGGUUGCAGUUAUAAAAAUGGCUUAAAUGAUGGUGAAUGUAAUAGCUUCCUUUCAGGAUGUAAAGCAAAUGGACCAGGUUGUGUGAUCGGAUAUCAUAUACUGAAUUCUCUAAUAAGCAAUUCUGUUUUCAAUCUAAACCUUGACCAUGUCUUUGGGUUAAUGGAUAAUGUUAUGACAGAUGUGAAGAUGCAGUGAAAAAGACACAUUCUGAAUGCUAAGCAUUUUCACAAUUAUAUGCAACCAAUUGGAUGCUUGCAUACUUAUUACAUCCUUUGCCAGUACUACAUUAAAGGCUUCUUGAGUUUUAGGAACUGAUGGAGCUUGUGGAGGGUUACCCACUGGAACAUGCUAGAAUUCUGGAUAAUGCACAGAAGUUAUUGCUGCUGCUAAUGAUGAAUGUGUCUCUUAUGGAUCAAAAUGUAUGGCUGAUGGAACAGCAUGUAUUGCUAAAUCAACUUGUGGUAGCUACAAGACAUAAACAGCAUGUAGUA